AAUUUUGUAUUUUUCUGCAUUAAUUUUAGAAUUUUUGACAGGGAUAACAAAAAAAAAAAAAAAAAACCCUUACAAAACCACUGAGGCCCUGAUCAAUUUGCACUCCGUACUUCGCAGUCCCCCUUUUCGUUUGCGUGGGCGAGUAGAUGGGAGCUGAAACGAAUCUAGCAGAGCCGGCGCCGGCCGAAACGACGCCGGAGAUUGUGGAGGCCUUGAUUGAGGCUGCUAGAUAUAAUGACAUUGAUGAUGUCAAAAGCUUAGCAUCUGAUGGUGUUUUUCUUGAUUCUAAGGAUUCGCAAGGCCGAACAGCACUUCACAUGGCGGCAGCUAAUGGAAAUAUUGAUAUUGUGGAGUAUCUUAUCAGUGGAGGAGUGGAUCUUAAUGCUUCUAAUGAUGAAAAGAAUACACCUCUUCAUUGGGCAUGCCUCAAUGGUCAUGUGGAGGUGGUUAAGAAAUUGAUACUGGCAGGAGCAAAUGUGAGUGUUCUAAACAGCCAUGAUCGGACACCAAUAGAUGAGGCAGUGAGUAGGGGGAAGAUGGACAUUAUUAAUGCGAUUAAUGAAGCUGUCGCACAAGUUGAAAUUACCAAUGUCAGAGUUUCAUAAUAUUGGAAGCUGGAACUUCAUGAACAAGUGGAACUCAUAGUUCUUCUAGCUUCUCGUCCCUGGAAGAUUGCCUACUUCUUUGAAAAUGUUGAUGGCAGCUUAAGCAGGUAUCCCCCCACACCCCCACCAUUCUGUUGCUUGUUUGCUCAACAAAUGUAAUCCCAAAAUUUAUACCUUCUGAUGCACGUCUUGGUACUUUUGUUAUUUGGAAUAAUUCAUCAAACAUCAUAUUUAUGAUCCUUAAAUAUUUUUGAACUUCUUCAAUUGUAAGAGAUAUAUACUUUUGUCAGUAAAUAUUGAAAAUAGUUAAAAGAUUAUCAAA